ACAGCUUGAUGGUUUUGCGCAUGAGAUUUGUGUUCUGGGCAUUGUGCCUUUAUUCAUUUUCUUCGAAAAUUAAUAAACGAUCGUUUGUGGCUGGCGUUUGUUCUGUUUUUCCUUAGCAGCGUGAGCGCCACGCUGACAUGGUGGAGAUGCAAUAAGAUUCCCGUAUCCCUUCAUUUUUCGAUUUAAUUUAUUUGGCGCGUAGUCAAUAGCGCGCAUCAGCGGAAUUCUCCGUAUUGGCCAUUCAGUCUGCCUUCAGCCUACAGCGAAGCGUGGACGUUAGCCAUACGCAAGCGACGAGGAAGUCCUAACAUCAGCAGCCCGACAACGCGGAGCUCCUGAGCCGAUUUCCCGUCAACAUCGCAUCGAAUCCGUCUCCUCUACAUACCGGAGGGAAGCCCCGACAACAGGCGAGCUUCCUAGCGGGAACAGGAGCGGGAAAAGGAAGUCUGCGUCCGGACGUCAAUUUCGGAAGCAAGCAAGCAAGCGUCGACCGCAUCAGCUACAGUCACGUCAGCUAGCAGGUACCGAAAUGGACAGACAGCAGUCAAAUCGCCGAUCGAAUUCAGACCGAAUGGAGCCGCUAUCGAAUUCGUGUGAUCGCUGCAAGCACAACACGAAUAAUCGGAAAUGCACCGAUUGCCUAUUUGGGCAAAAUAUCGACAAUAUGAAUCCAGACACCGUUGUAACGCGAUUAGUCAGCGAGGUGAUGCACGCCAAUCUGGAUGCAUACACAACUCUAAUGGAAUCGCGUUAUGAGCCGAUCCUCCAGAGGAAACCGUGGUUGUUGGCACAGAUCAACGACGCAGUCCGCGAAUUUGUCAAUAAUCGACGGGACCACUGGCAACAAGUGCCAGAUCCUGGAGCAGCACCGUCGCAGAUGGCGAUGCGAUUUAACGCACCGUCACAACCGAAUACACAGGCAUAUACGAUGCCGCCUCAACCGAUGUUGAAUUAUCAACAGUUUCCGCAACAGUUCCUACCGGCGCAAAAUGCGCAAUAUCCGCAAGCUGAUUGGGCGUUUAAUCAGCCGCAGUAUCAGCAAUAUCGUCAACCGAUGCCGAUGCAGCAGGCGACAUGCAGUACAAGCAGCACCGAUCCGUGGCUCGCUGAGCGCGGAUAUCGUCCGAAUGUCGCACAGCAGUUUGGUUCCCGAACUGCUAGUCAACCGCAGAAUGUCGAGCGUCAGCCAAGCAUGUCGCGUAAUCAACCGGACGCGCGUGCGGGACUGAUGAAAAAAAGACGAAACAGCAGACAGCGCAAUCGCGAUAACGUUCGAUCGGCUGAAUAUCAGCAACAACCGUCGCAAUCGCAGCAGCCUAAGCAGAAUGUUCGACCGGCUGGAGAUCAGCAGUCGAAUAAUCAGCGCAGCGAACAGAAUAAACCGGCUGGAAAUCAGCAGCGCGAUGUUCAUCGUCGCGGAUACCGUGAUAAUCGCCAGUUGCAAAUUGAUCCUGCAACUGUUAUUAAAGACGUGAUGCACAUCGUCAAUAACGUUGAAAUCUAUGUGCAUAAAUUAACCGGCGUCUUGGGAAUCGCGAACCGGGAAGAGAACCCAGACGUAGCGCAGAUCCGCAAUAUGAUCCACGAGUCUGUGGAUUUGCUUGAACGAAUCGGGCUACGAGGCCGUAUGCUAGAAAUCGACUACGCUAAUGUCGAUCUAAUACGAUCGCUGGAUGUGCAGAAAUAUGCGACUCGCCGUUCAAAUUCCUUGCGUACAGCGUUGGAUAUUGGCCAGCUGUAUGUACCGAUUACCGCCGUGGAUAUUGAGAUUUUAUCCCAAUUCCGCAUUUUUGGCGAUAAGAAUACGGAGACAUUUCUCCUACAAUUCAUUUUACCGGAAACCGAUCCCGCAAAGUUUUAUUUCUUUUGUCGGGUAGCCAGUAAUUUGGACCGUUGUACUCGUAAUCGAAAUAUCGACUGGAUGUCGAUACCGUAUAAUACCGGGCUGAAGACUGCAGUUAUGUGCAUCUUAGCCGCGCUGCUUGGAAGCCACAGCGCCCAUAAUUAUAUCUAUAAGCAGAAAGAUCGGCCGGAAUAUCGGCAAAUGCGCGAUAAGAUCCUGUUAUUGGGUCAACCGAAAAGCGAACAGCAGGAGGCACAAGAAUUACGUGAUAUUCUUGCCGCCGCUGGCCAGACCGAAAUGGACACUAAUCAAGGUGGUCCUAAUCAGUUUUAUGACGAUAUGGACGAGCGGAUGAAGCGAUUCGCAGACCGUCAAAAUCAGUAUGAAACUGGCACCAGCUUCAACAAGCGGAAGCACGUGCCUGACUCACCGGAUACUCCUUUGGGAAGUAAAACCGAACAGCCAGUGUAUAAAAUGCGAGUCGUCAAUACUCCUACGACGAGCAAAGGCAAUGCUGCAGGAAAUCGGUCUGCACAGCCACAGUUAGGAGUGGCAGGAUGUAUGAACCCGCCGCCCAAACCGACCGUGCCCACGGGAAGCAAACCUGUGUUGAUUCCACGAGCGGUGGAGAACAAACAGGCCGUGGCAGUAUCGUCAGCUCCAGCGUCGAUUAGCUCGAUGACUGUGAAAUCGACAGCUGCUGGCGUUGUAACCGAAUCUGCGACUGCUGGCGCUACUGCUGACGUUGACGUUGAUAUGCUGUCCGAUGCGGAUCCGAACGCUGACGAAAAGCUGGACACCGAAUAA